GUCGCCAAGGUUGGAGACCCCUGCUACGGAGGACUCCGCCGACCUCCUCCGUCCUCCCAGGAUCGCCGUAUCACGUUGUCACGUGGCCGCGGAGAGGCGGAGAUUCCGCGGCGCAGCGAAGUGAGAGCAACAUGGCGGCCUCUACGAAGCCUGGACGCCGGAAACGCGGAGCUGCGAGCCAACUCCCCAAGACCGACAACACGGCUCCAGAGGAUGAAUCAGAACUUCUCACUGUGCCUGACGGAUGGAAAGAACCACCUUUUACCAGAGAAGAUAACCCUAAAGGGCUUCUGGAAGAAAGCAGCUUUGCUACUCUUUUCCCUAAAUACAGAGAAGCUUAUUUGAAGGAAUGCUGGCCAUUAGUGCAGAAAGCUUUGAAUGAACAUCAUAUAAAUGGAGCUUUAGACCUAAUUGAAGGAAGCAUGACGGUCAGCACAACAAAGAAGACCUUUGAUCCAUAUAUCAUUAUCAGAGCCCGAGAUUUAAUAAAACUUCUAGCCAGAAGUGUUCCGUUUGAACAGGCUGUACGUAUCCUUGAAGAUGAUAUUGCAUGUGACAUCAUUAAAAUAGGGUCCUUGGUCAGAAAUAGAGAAAGAUUUAUAAAAAGAAGACAGAGGCUUAUUGGUCCAAAUGGAUCUACUCUAAAGGCCCUAGAAAUAUUAACCCGCUGCUAUAUUAUGGUUCAGGGGAACACAGUUUCAGCUCUUGGACCUUUUAAUGGUUUAAAAGAGGUUAGGAAAGUUGUUUUGGAUACCAUGAAGAAUAUUCAUCCCAUAUAUAAUAUCAAGACACUAAUGAUUAAGAGAGAAUUGUCAAAAGAUCCUGAAUUAAGAUUGGAAAACUGGGAACGUUUUUUGCCCAAGUUCAAACAUAAGAAUUUGAACAAACGGAAGGAACCAAAGAAGAAAAAUGUCAAGAAAGAAUACACUCCCUUCCCACCUCCACAACCAGAGAGUCAGGUCGAUAAAGAAUUAGCAAGUGGCGAAUAUUUCUUGAAAGAAAGUCAAAAGAAGCGUAAGAGAAUAGAAGAAAUAAAGGCAAAGCAAGCAGAAGCAAUUAGCAAACGACAAGAGGAGAGAAAUAAAGCUUUUAUUCCACCUAAAGAAAAGCCUGUUGUAAAACCAAAGAAAACCACAACUGAAACAAAGAUUGAUAUUGACGCAAUUAAAGAAAAAAUUAAAAAAGCAAAGAAGAAGAAGCUUGGAGCACUACCAGAAGAAGAAGUUAAAUUAAAAAUUGCAGCAGGUGAAAAGAAAAAGAAAUCAACUUUAAAGCCAUAGCACUUCACUUUUUGCAAGGAGGAAAGCUAUGAACUCAGUUAAUGUAAAAGGUGAAAAGUUGCAUUCCUCGAGGGAAAAAAGGAAAAAUACCUUUCCAAAUUUUAAUCUAAAACUGACAGCUUGCUCUGUUGUAUUUUAAGCAGUAUGGGAACUAUUUCCAUACAUGUGAUAUCCAUUAGAAUAAACAGUUGCCUUAUAGCAAUUGGUUUAAAAUGACAGUAUACACAGAAUUACCAUUGAGAAGAUUUUGUGCAGUGUACAAAUACUUACCAACAAACUUGGUUUUAUUGCAUGGGACUCUGAAAGAUAGUUAUCUAAACAUUACAAGAAUUAACAGGUUUUCUGAAGGCAGCUGAAACAUUUUCUAAAUAAAUAUAUAUUGCUUUAUUAAUAGAUGGUUUUUGUUUACUAGACUUUCAUAAACUAUUUAUAUACAGGUGAAACUCAAAAAAUUAGAAUAUCGUGCAAAAGUUCAUUUAUUUCAGUAAUGUAACUUAAAAGGUGAAAUUAAUAUAUGAAAUAGACUCAUUACAUGCAAAGCGAGAUAGUUCAUGCCUUGAUUUGUCAUAAUUUUGAUGAUUAUGGCUGACAGCUCAUGAAAACCCCAAAUUCACAAUCUCAGAAAAUUAGAAUAUUACAUGAAAUCAAUAAAACAAGGAUUGUACAUAGAACAAUAUCGGACCUCUGAAAAGUGUAAGCAUGCAUAUGUACUCAAUACUUGGUUUGGGCCCCGUUUGCAUCUAUUACUGCUUCAGUGCAGCGUGGCAUGGAUGCUAUUAGCUGGGGCACUGCUGAGGUAUUAUGGAAGACCAGGAUGCUUCAAUAGCGGCCUUCAGCUCUUCUGCAUUGUUCGGUCUCAUGUCUCUCAUCUUUCUCUUGGCAAUGCCCCAUAGAUUCUCUAUGGGGUUCAGGUCAGGCGAGUUUGCUGGCCAAUCAAGCACAGUAAUCCCAUGGGCCUGAACCAGGUUUUGGCAGUGUGGGCAGAUGCCAAGUCCUGCUGGAAAAUGAAGUCAGCAUCCCCAUAAAGCUCGUCUGCCGAAGGAAGCAUGAAGUGCUCCAAAAUCUCCUGGUAGACGGAUACGUUGACCCCGGACUUAAUGAAGCACAGUGGACCAACACUAGCAGAUGACAUGGCUCCCCAAAUCAACACAGACUGUGGAAACUUCACACUGGACUUCAAGCAUCUUGCAGUGUAUGCCUCUCCAUUCUUCCUCCAGACUCUGGGUCCUUGGUUUCCAAAUGAGAUGCAAAAGUUGCUCUCAUCAGAAAAGAGAACUUUGGACUACUGAGCAACAGACUAGUUCUUUUUUUCUUUAGCCCAGGUAAGACGCUUCCAAUGUUGUUUGUUGUUCAGGAGCGGCUUGACAAGAGGAAUACGACAUUUGAAGGCCACGUCCAGGAUCCGUCUGUGUGUGGUGGCUCUUGAUGCACUGACUCCAGCUUCAGUCCACUCCUUGUGAAAGUCCCCAACACUUUUGAAUGGCCUUUUCCUGACAAUCUUCUCCAGGCUGCGGUCAUCCCUGCUACUUGUGCAUCUUUUUCUUCCACACUUUUCCCUUCCACAUGACUUUCUAUUAAUGUGCUUUGAUACAGCACUUUGGGAACAUCCAACUUCUUUUGCAAUUACCUUUUGAGGCUUUCCCUCCUUAUGGAGGGUGUCAAUGAUGGUUUUCUGCACAACCGUCAGGCCAGCAGUCUUUCCCAUGAUUGUGAUGCCUACUGAACCAGACCGGGAAAUCAUUUAAAGGCUCAGGAACCCUUUUUAGGUGUUAUGGUUUAAUUAGCUGAUUAGAGUAGGACACUUUGAGCCUAGAAUAUUGAACUUUUUCACAAUAUUCUAAUUUUCUGAGAUUGUGAAUUUGGGGUUUUCAUGAGCUGUAAGUCAUAAUCAUCAAAAUUAUGACAAAUCAAGGCUUGAACUAUCUCGCUUUGCAUGUAAUGAGUCUAUCUUAUAUAUUAGCUUCACCUUUUAAGUUGCAAUACUGAAAUAAAUGAACUUUUGCACGAUAUUCUAAUUUUUUGAGUUUCAUCUAUAUUUCCUCAAUCUUUUUGGAAGGGGACUGUUUUACAGUUUGUUUAUAUUGUUUAUAUUACUGGAGAAUUUUGCUUUCCAAAGGCUGGUUGCAGUUGACAGUUGAGUUACUUUUUUCAUUCAGAUCAACAAAGAGCCAAGGGUAUGAUAAGCAGAGGAGAAUGGUACUUUGUGAAUGUUGUCAAUAAUAACUUUAAGUUCAUUGCAUGUUUACCUGCGGAAGAAGACCUUUUUCUGCUAUUUGUACUUUUUUAAUUCCUAAAAAACAUUUUGAAAAUGUAUCUAAAAAUCAUGGAUGUCUUACUAUUCUUAUCAAUUCAUUGUUUAAUAACUUACAAAAGUGCUUGUUUUUUGUUCCAAUUUAUUUAUACAUAUACACUCUGGGAUAAUGUUGCUUCAGAAAAAAGACAGUUACAAAAGUUAUUAAAAAUGAGGAUGUUCUCAGGACUAAAACAAUGAUGCAAUAGGUAUCACAAUAUGGCUUCACCCGUACUUCACCCUUUACUUCACCUACAAAUAAAUUAUUUAAAUAAGUUAUUUACAGUUGCAUCUAGGUUAAUGACAAAUUAAUAUAAACAUAAGAAACUUGUAAAUUUGGAGUUUCCUAGCUAGAUAAUUAAAGAUUGGUAUUUAAUUCAUGGAUGUUCUGUUUUGAAAGGGUUGGUUUUUUUUUUAAAAGACCCUAACUUGUUACAGAAAAGCAAGAAAUGCAUGCUAGACCUUUUACUUACCACAAAGUCUGUCUAUGCAAGGCUCUUUGUAACAUUCACUGCAUGUUACUCCUGAUUUAUAUGGCCAUCUUGGAUAAUUCCCACUGUGCAAAACAACAAUUUCGUCAGCUCACUUGAUACAGAGACAGGAGAGAAGGUUGAACCACUCUUCUUUCAGGUCAGUGCUUUAACUGAAUUAUAAUCCGGAAUAAUUUUUGGUAAGUAAUGGUCAUUAAAACUACAGAAUGUUGUUACUAGAAACUAACACAGCCAAAUACAACAGAAGAUUUCUUAUAUUUAAAUCAAUGAAAUGGACCCUUGAAACUGAAGCUGGAAACCUAUUUGCUAAUAUUCUUUACUAUUUCCAAAUUACUUCAGUUUGAUUUAUGAAAGGACCUUGCACUGGAUUGAAUUGUCCAGUUUAUAUUAAAGGCAAAAAAUGGUUAUUAAAUAUUAAGUAAUAGUG